GAAAUUCUCAACAGAGCCUUUAAGCUUCCAAACAUCCGUUAGAAGAGGAAUGCAGAUUUAAAGUGAGUGAGGUGUGGAGUAGGGGAAGUUCACUGGGUCUAGACUAAAGAACUCUGUGGAACUUGCCCAGAGCACUGCGUGCAUCAGACCUACGGUGAAUAUUGAAGGCCUGAAGAAAGCACCUUUUCUGCUGCCAUGACAACCAUGCAAGGAAUGGAACAGACCAUGCCAGGGGCUGGCCCUGGUGUGCCCCAGCUGGGAAAUGUGGCUGUCUUACAUUCGUAUCUGUGGAAAGGGUUGCAAGAGAAGUUUUUGAAGGGGGAACCCAAAGUCCUUGGGGUUGUGCAGAUUCUGAUUGCUCUGAUGAGCCUUAGCAUGGGAAUAACAAUGAUGUGUAUUGCAUUUAACGCUUAUGGACCUCACCCGAUUACUGUGUACAUUGGGUACACAAUUUGGGGGUCAGUGAUGUUUAUUAUUUCAGGAUCCUUGUCAGUUGCAGCAGGAAUUAGAACUACAAAAGGCCUGGUUCGAGGUAGUCUGGGAGUGAAUAUCACCAGCUCUGUAUUGGCUGUGUCAGGGAUCUUAAUCAACGCAUUUAGCUUGGAUAUUUAUUCAUUCCAUCACCCUUACUGUUACUACUAUGAUGAGUCAAAUGAUUGUCACGGGACUGUGUCCAUUUUGAUGGGUAUGGAUGGCUUAGUGCUCCUCUUAAGUGUGCUAGAAUUCUGCAUUGCUGUGUCCCUCUCUGCCUUUGGAUGUAAAGCGAUGUGUUGUAACCCCGGUGGGGUUGUGUUAAUUCUGCCACCAAAUUCUCACAUGGCAGGAACAGCAUCUCCUGCUCCACUUAAUGAGGUUUGAUGCCACCAAAAGAGCAACAGAAAAAUGUUCCAGAAAAUCUAUGCUGACUGUAACACAGGAAACCCACAUGAGAAUAUACCAGAAUCCAACUCUGAUACUGAUAGACAUAUUGAUAUCAUUAUUAUAUGUAAUCCAAUUAUAAACUCUGUGUGUGUAUAGAGAGAGAUAAUAAAUUCAAAAUUAUGUUCUCAUUUUUCCCCUGGAACUCAACAACUCAUUUCCCUGGCUUUUUAUCGAGUACUAGAAGUUAAAUAAAUAAAUAAUGCAUUUAAUGAGACAACAGCA